AUGCUCUUUGACGUGGAGAAUGGCCCGUCGGCGAGCUGCAGCCCUCUGGACCCCCAGGCCUCCCCCGGCUCGGGCCUGGUGCUCCACACGAACUUCCCUGGACACAACCAGCGGCGAGAGUCCUUCCUGUACCGCUCCGACAGCGACUACGAUCUGUCGCCCAAGUCCAUGUCCAGGAACUCCUCCAUCGCAUCCGAACUACAUGGCGAUGACUUGAUAGUAACUCCAUUUGCUCAGGUUUUGGCGAGUCUCCGGAGUGUGAGGAAUAACUUCACGGUGCUCACCAACGUCCAGUGCGCCUCCAACAAGAGGUCUCCAGCUGCCACCACCCAGCCCCCCAUGACCAGAGUCUGCCUCCCGGGUAAGAGCCCUUCCUGCUGUCGCUGUGUUUAA